CUAUCCCGUACCUCGCGUCCACAGCAGCCUCCGGAACAUCACCUUCCCCCUUGCGUCCUCGAUCAGAGACAUCUAGACCAGUAUCGAUACAAUCGACGGGCACAGACGUUCACAAUCAAUCCAUAUCUUUACACCGCCCUAGCCACAUCCGCUAUCCCUCAAGAUAUUCAUUCUGCCACACCCAUGACUGCGUGGACUCUCCCACGUAGGAGCAAUACAGGAGGAACACAAUGAGCGACGGGUUUGGGCACAAGAGCAGGGCGCAUUGCCUUCUUAUAUUACCGUUUGGGUCGUUGAGACGACACUUCCACGUUACCUUUGAGGCAGGUUGAUACUCUGGUUGUCUGCCUACAUAUCGCACACUUUACCUCACCUCUACCUCAGUCCUUGGUCCACUCACGAACCUUGGAGAAUGCUAUCCAAUCCCCACCAACUCAGACACACGAUGGAUUCCGUCAGAGACCCAAAUGUGUACCUCCGUCGACCGAAUGGUGCUGCAUCACGUCAGUAUGCUAUUCCUGCUGAUUUAGGGUCUCCACGGCAUGGUAGACAUGGUUCCACGGGCCUGACAUAUGUUGAGCAUGAACUUCUGCGACAGCGAAAGACGCCCUACGGAAGGAUGGUUGAGCAAGACACAGCCGUCCUGGACGAGAACUUCCAGUUCCCAGCAUCCAAGCAUCUGCUCCUUUCCUCUUCGCCAGGACCCAAAUCGGCUAUACCGUCCUUGACAAAUCGAUGGUCAGAUUCCAAUCAGAGGCAACGAUCAGGAGGGUUUGGAGGAGCGGAGUUCGAACAAGAUGGGAGACAGGAGAAACGAUCGCGUUCCUAUGCAUCAUCUCAGCAAUAUCCGUACCGACCAGCUUGGGACUUUCCUGGUGGGCUUGACUCGAUGCUCAACCAAACGAUUCCGCUCUACCCGACUCAGAGAUAUUUCGUCCAGCCAGGAUCAAACGUUCCCACCGUCUUACCCGCAACGCUUCACUCCCAAUUCGGGCCUACGGCUUCCGCCGGUCAAGAGAUGUAUGGACCUUACUGGCCUGACGGCACCUACAACCCUUAUCGCCCAGCAGCCAUCCGAGAUAGUCGCUUCUUCCCACGCGCUCCGAUCGAGAGAUUUCCUCUGGAGCAUGCUCAACAUCCACAAACGUUCCAACAACAUAACCAGUUUUCCGUACCACAACCCAAGGCAUAUAUGCCAUCCUUUCCGCCCCAUAUGUUGGCCGCUCCCUUAAAAUCUGUCGAGUCACCAGCCGCAAAAUGGCAUACUCUGCAGAAUACGUACCAGAGUCCUCACUAUUCAUUUCCUCAACAGUACUCGCCUCCAGACGAGUCAAUGUCCGAUCCCAUAACAAUAGCCAGGCCGACGUUGGCUUCUCUCAUGCCCGGUCCAGGUUCAGAGCGAGUUGCUUUCAGAGACAGGACAUUUGCAUGGGCAAACAAAAUCUAUACAGAUCUCCUCCAAACGAUUCGAUCAACAGCCAAAGACCAACGGGCAACUGGGAGCAGCCUGUCGGAAAUGAGAAUGGCAGUCAAGCCUGCCAUUUUUCCAAAGCCCCCGAGACGGUCUGGGUCGCAUUUUCACAAUGGGUCAAUGGACCAAGUACUACAACACCAAAAACAGUCAGAUGCCUUCUCCUCCGAUGGUGUUGACUAUUCUGUUCGUGACACCCCGAGCCGACCUCAGACGGCAAUAUUUAGACCACAGCAGAAACAAUCGGGGUAUGAACAGCAGUCAUUCACAGCGCCGGGAUCUGGACAAUUUUCUGGAAAUCAAUAUCCACAAAGAGACCGAAUGCCUGAGGUCCGCCAGCCUCGCAACGCCACGAUGGACAUGUUACCACGACCACCAUCCUACGAGUCCGCCAUGGCUGCGCUGAAAACCAUGGAGUUACUUUGUCAAGAAGCGGAUACUCCGUGGCUUGACGGCAUGCUCCUGGCCGGAUGCCUAGCUUAUGGACUUGGGAAUUACGCUAAAGCCGAAGAAUGGUAUCGUGCAGUGUUGAAGCACGACCCGGGCCACAUCGAAGCUAUGUCUAAUCUCGCAGCAACAUGUCAUGCUCUCCACCGUCGUGAGGACGCCCUCAAAUAUUGGUCCGACGCCGUGAGCCUGCGGCCCAGUUAUUUUGAGGCUGUCGAACAUCUGAUUGGUCUACUAUGCGCAAGCCAUCGAGCGAGGGAAGCCGUCAGUGUCAUCGAGUACGUGGAAAGCACUUUACGGUAUAUACCUGAAGAUGCGCAUACAUCAUGGGGCGAAUUGAGCGACGCCGAAAGUGACACGAGAAGUCACACCUCUAGUAUAGCCACUGUGGCUUCCUACGACAACGGUCACAGCGAUUUCGAUUUCGACUUCCAGCCACAAACUACACGUGCUGGCUCUGGAGUUCAAGUGCCUGGCUUUGGCUCGAGCGGAUUUGGCAUCCCUGGGGCGGACAAUGGGCGCAUGUUGGCACUCAUACAUGCCAAAGGAAAUAUGCUUUAUGCGCUGGGAAACAAUCAUGGUGCUGCAGCUGCUUUUGAAGAUGCGGUUCUUAUCGCUACCGGACAGAGAAAGCACGGCAUCAGAGGUCUUAUCGACGACAUUCUCAGAGCGUGUCUCUGCAAUAUCCGGGACCGAGAGUAUGUGCGUUCAAAGCUUGAAAGCAAAGAACCGAUAUUGCUUGCGCCCGAGCAUGCUGAGGCGACUGCCAAGCAUAUGUUUCCUCCAGAGGGUGAACUUCCUGGCUUGAAGCACGUCGCAACUGCGGUUGCUGUUGGGGCCGCGGUCUCGACGACAAGCAACUCUCUGCUUUCUCUGGCCAAAAUCUACCAGGAUGGAAUGUCCAGCGCAACCGACAUUGGAAGUUUAAAAUCACCCAGUACAAGAGAAAUCCUUGCUCUGUAUUAUCUCUCUCUAUCACUUCAAAGAAGUCCCUCUACUGCCAAUAACGUCGGCAUUCUGCUCGCAGGUGUUCAACAGAAUGUGCAUCCUGUUCAUCUUGCGGAAUCAAAUUUCUCUCAGAUUUCGAACAUACCGGGAGUCAUCGCUGGUAGCGGGGUUUCAUUAGCUUUGAUGUACUAUAACUAUGGCCUCAACAUUGAUCAGAAGCACGCUCAUCUGUUCACGAACUUGGGUAGUCUACUCAAGGAUAUUGGUCAGCUCGGGGCCGCAAUCAAAAUGUACGAACGGGCUGUGGGUUGCGAUGGGAACUUUGACAUCGCACUGGCAAACCUGGCGAAUGCGGUCAAGGAUCAAGGUCGAGUGGCAGAUGCCAUUGUCUACUAUAGGCGAGCAGUCGCCGCGAAUCCCGAUUUCGCGGAGGCUGUCUGUGGACUUGCCACAGCCCUAAACUCGGUGUGCAGCUGGCACGGGCGAGGUGGGAUUGUGUGUGCCGGCGACAGACUUCGCGACCGACUCCAUGUCAACGACCAAGGUAUGAAGCACGAACCAUCUCGUCCAUAUGGAUGGGUCAAUCGUAUCGUCGAAAUUGUCGAGAAACAACUCAAGGACGGUGAAACCUGGGGAUGUGGCACCCUGACUCCGAAUGUCAUCGACUCGCUUUCAACCCAGCUCACAGUGCACAAGGCAAAUUCUAGAGAGUAUGGAAGAUCUCAAGCAGUGGAGAUUUUGCGACAGUCACUUCGGAGCUGGUCUGGUCAGAAGUGGGAAGGUGCUCGGAUAGUACGAUUGGUCGAACGAGCCAUUCGUUACAUCGGAUGGCAAUGGUACCAGGAUCGAUACAAGCUGCAUCAAGAACAUCCAGCACGGAAGUACACGCGACCGUAUCUGCCUAAUACUCUCUCUCCGCCCUCGGCGCCGACCGUUCUUCCUUUCCAUACCUUUACGGCUCCAUUGUCAGCAAAACAGAUCAGACAGAUCUCACAGCGUAAUGCGCUACGUAUAUCUGUCUGUACACUGCGUUCUGCAUGGCUUCCGGCCACCGUAUAUCCACCUCCAGCACCACCCAGACCUCACCUCAACGUCGGCUACGUUAGCUCGGACUUCAACAAUCAUCCACUGGCACACCUGAUGCAGUCAAUCUUCGGACUUCACGAUACAUCCCGUGUCCGAGCUAUAUGCUACGCAACUACUGCAUCCGAUGGUUCCGUCCACCGACAACAGAUUGAACGUGAAGCUCCGGGAUUUUGCGACGCAUCUACCUGGAGCGUUCAACGACUUGUUAAUCAGAUCGUCAAAGACAACAUUCACAUCCUCGUGAACCUCAAUGGGUAUACUAGAGGCGCACGAAACGAAGUGUUUGCUGCGCGACCUGCACCAAUCCACAUGUCUUUCAUGGGCUUCGCUGGUACACUGGGGGCAGAAUGGUGUGACUACGUUUUUGCAGACACAAUUUCUGUACCUCCAGAAACACUUUCUCCUUGGCGACGCAAUGUGGACAUUGAGGACCGCUUAAGGCAAGAUUCAUUGGUCGAGGAUAUGGAGGACUGGGUAUACUCUGAGAACCUUAUCUUUGCUCGUGACACCUUCUUUUGUGUGGAUCACAAGCAGAGUGCACCUGAUGCCGACAAAGGCCCUCCAAACUUCAACGAUCCGGCGCAGCGUGAAGCUGCUUGGGAACACGAGCAGGAAGCACGCUGGAAGCUGAGAAAGGAGCUGUUUCCUACACUUUCAGAUUCGGCAGUGAUUCUGGGCAAUUUCAACCAAUUGUACAAAAUCGAUCCGGCCACGUUCGAGUCAUGGUUGCAUAUUCUGAAAAUGGUGCCAAAUGCGAUACUUUGGUUGUUGCGGUUUCCGGAUCUCGGCGAACAAAAUCUCUUGCGGUAUGCACGCGAAUGGGCCGAUCAGGACGUCGCAUCGAGGGUCAUUUUCACAGAUGUCGCUGCCAAAGGGGCACAUAUCACGCGAGCGGCAGUGGUCGAUUUGUUCUUGGACACUCCCGAGUGCAAUGCUCAUACUACCGCGGCUGAUGUGGCUUGGUCUGGAACCCCGAUUGUGACUUGGGGAAAAUGGAAAUACAAGAUGUGCAGCCGCAUGGCUGGGAGUAUUGUGGCAAGUGCUUUACCAGAAGGUCCCAAGGGCGAUGAAGCACGUCGCGAUCUGCUUGUUCGAAGCGAGAAAGACUAUGUCGACACCACAAUCGAUCUUGCUCGCGGUCUAAAGUAUCCCGUGAAGAAUUCAGCUAGCCAAAAAGUGGGCCGAGGAAAAGGUCGUCUGGUGGAAAUGCGCCGCAUGUUAUGGGAAGGACGUUGGACCAGUCGAUUGUUCGACACGAAGCGUUGGGUCAGAGAUUUGGAGGUGGGGUAUUGGUCUGCCUGGGAGAAAUGGGAAAAGGGCGAGGGAGGAGACAUUUGGCUGUAAACGGGCCUUAUAGAUGCCUGAUGCCUAUCACGAGAUCUCUCACACCACGAUUCUGCGUGGCAUUAAGAGAUAUACA